AUGCUUCUCCGACACGGCCCUCGGCCUUCCCUCAAUCGGAUAAGGAACCUGCGAUAUGUAUCGCCGACCACUGCACGACGCUCCUCUGCAAUUUACCACACUUUAGGCCCGGCGAGGACCGCUUUGCCAGCAAGGCAAGAUGGCCAACCCUGGAGUGGCUCCAAUAAUGGCGCGAGGACUCUAGCCACCGCAGUUGAUGGUAGCAGCCUCUUCGCCCAAGGUCCAUUCGAACCGAUAUCCUCAUCCCAUUCGCCUCUAUCUAGUUUCGACACACCUGCUUCCAGUCCUUACUACGAACUCCGUCCCUUCAAUGUCUCUCAACCUCUCAAAAUCGAUGAUCCUGCGCCCAGCAUACAAAGGUUGCGGAUGAAUCGGCAAGGCAUCUCCGGAGAUGUUGAAGAGCUGAUUGCGGUAUUCAAUGCGUGUCUUCAGGUCCAUAAGCUCGACCGGGCGCAACUAGUCCUCAAGCGACUCGGCCAAUUCGAUGAAUUCCCCCAAGAGCAACUAAUCAUGCUCCAUAACCUUUAUCUACGGACGUCUCUCGACCAGAUGCGUAUGUCCCCCGAUAAGACCGCAUUAGAGGAGCUCCAUAAGUGGUACGAACUUCAAAUUCGACGAUCGGGACUUCCUCAGACUGCCGAAACGAUUGCUUGCAUGCUCAAGGCGUCCAUCUUGUCUCAGCGAGGUGCUAGGUUGAGCCGGUCAGUCGCACGAUACAUGGGGAUGGCUCCAGGCGAUGCGGGACUGGAGGUGCUUUCGAUGGCGGACAUCCUGUCCGAUCAAGAUCUCGCCGUUAUUACAGACAUUUGCCCGACUUAUAACGUGGUGGUUGAAGAAGACGCUACAGCUGUUGAGGCGGAUGCGGCCAUACACCAACACCAAUCUUCCAACGACAUCGCGGCGAGCGAGAUGCCCGACGUUAUGCCUACACCUCAGAAAGGUCUCAGUCUCAAACUUGUCCAACAGACUCUUUCUUUAUUUGAUGAGAUUCCUCAGGGUUGCGAUAUCUCUAGCUUGAGUGUCAAAGAGCGCAAAGAAAUCCAAAGCAGGCUAGAACGUGACUGCGUUGAUGCGGCAGUUCAGCGAUGGAGAGAGGAGAACGAAUCGCUCCAGAAGAUGGGCCUUAAUUCCAUCAUCGGACGCGAGAGCUUAGGUUCUCGCAUGUAUGAUUGGCAGUGCGCGCUUGAGGAUAGGCUGAAGGAAGAGCUCGUCAAGGUUGAGAUUGCGGAAACGAAGACGGAGAAGAAGCGUGAAGAGGAUUUUGAUAGGUGUCUCUACGGGCCCUUCCUCCGACAAUCUACCCCGUCGCGACUUGCUGCGGUUACCAUCCUUGGAACGCUGAACGCCGUGUCUAUUAUGGGCGUGGAAAAGGGAGCGAAGCUUGCCGCGACCAUCAACGGCAUCGCAAAACUUGUUGAAGAAGACAUCCGCGAGCAGACAGCAAGGAAGGAUAAUACUUCGUCGAGUCAGAAGAGGCGUUUACGACAUGUCCAGGCUGUCCUUCGAACCGCCGAGUCAACCGAAGCCACGGACGCUAUUGAGCCACCGGAGGCGAUAGUAUCGCCUACGCCGACAAAUGUUGAAAGCCCCAGUGCCAAACCGUGGCCGACCUCUAUCCGUGCCAAAGUCGGUGCUGCGCUGCUAUCCGCCCUGAUCGAUACGGCCAAGAUCAAAGUUUACCGGAAGCACCCCGAGACCAAGGAAACGAUUAGCCAAUACCAGCGCGCGUUCCACCAUACUAAGAAGCUUAGCAAGGGAAAGAAGGUCGGCAUGCUCUUCGUGCAUGAUGAUCUUGUGGAACUGUUGAAGAAAGAACCCAAGGGAAACUUCUUGGCUAAGCAUCUUCCUAUGGUUGUCGAGCCUGAGCCCUGGUCUAAGUUUUUGAAGGGCGCUUUCUUGGAGACUUCCGCCAACCUUGUCCGACUAAAGUUGGGAGAGAAGGAUCAGCGAAUGUAUACCGAGGCUGCCAUUGCUAGGGGUGAUCUGGACCAAAUGCUGAAGGGCCUGGACGUACUAGGCAAGACCGCGUGGCGGAUCAACAACCCCGUCCUCAACGUCAUGCUCCAGGCAUGGAACCAGGGAGAUGAGAUUGCUAGCAUUCCCGCCCUCAACCCCGACGUCUCGGUUCCCGCCGAACCCGAGACUGAUGACCGUCAGGCUCGCACCGCAUGGCACCGUGCUGUUGUCGCCGCCGAGAACAAGAAGUCCGGUUUCCACUCGGUCCGCUGCUUUACUAACCUGCAGCUCGAGGUUGCACGAGCUUACCGCAACCAAACCUUCUACUUCCCCCACAACAUCGAUUUCCGCGGCCGAGCUUAUCCCCUACCUACCUACCUCAACCACAUGGGUGCCGACCACGUCCGUGGACUUCUUCGGUUCGGCAAAGGCAAGGAGCUUGGUGAGCAUGGUCUUCGUUGGCUCAAGAUACACCUUGCCAACGUGUAUGGUUUCAGCAAGGCAAGCCUAAACGAGCGAGAGGCCUUCACGGAACAGCAUCUGAGGAACGUGUUUGAUUCGGCCACAAACCCGCUCAACGGCUCGCGGUGGUGGCUCGAGGGCGAAGACCCGUGGCAGUGUCUCGCAGCUUGUUUCGAGCUCAAGGCCGCUUUGGAGUCGCCCGAUCCCAAGAAGUUCGUUUCUACUCUCCCAGUCCACCAGGACGGCACCUGCAAUGGUCUUCAGCACUAUGCCGCCCUUGGAGGUGAUACCUGGGGUGCGCAGCAAGUCAAUCUCGAGCCAGGUGAACGACCAGCCGAUGUGUACUCGGCCGUGGCCAACCUCGUCAUCGACUUGAUUGAGAAGGACUGUCAGCAGGACAACCCCUUCGCCAAAGCGGUGCGCGGGAAGAUCACCCGCAAGGUUGUCAAGCAGACGGUCAUGACCAAUGUCUACGGUGUUACUUUUGCUGGCGCUAAGAAGCAGGUAUGCAAGCAGUUGGAUGCCGCCUACCCUACCUUGGAAGCCGACAGCGGAUUCCCUGCCAUCCUACUCGCCAGCUACAUCGCGCACCACAUCUUCAAGGCCAUGUCCACUAUGUUCAAGGGAGCGCACGAGAUCCAGACCUGGCUCGGAGAAGUCGGCGGUCGAGUUUGCAAUGCUCUUAUGCCGGAGCAGCUCGAACGUAUCGCAGCCAACGAGGAUUCUUCCAAGGCCACCAAAGCACGAUCGCGAGGCCGGAAGACGCCGCGGUCUGCGCUUGACGAACUGAGCGAUCAAUUUAAGAAUACCAUUGUCUGGACGACGCCCCUCCGCAUGCCCGUCGCUCAGCCGUACCGAAAGAGCGUCACACGAGUUAUCCCUACCUGCAUCCAAGAUCUGUCGCUUACCGUCCCCGAUUUGGCCGAUCCUGUCAACCGUCGCAAGCAGCUCCAGGCUUUCCCUCCCAACUUUAUCCACUCCUUGGAUGCGUCUCACAUGAUGUUGUCGGCUCUUCAGUGCCACGACGACGGCCUCUCAUUCGCUGCCGUCCACGACUCCUUCUGGACUCAUGCGGCGGACGUGGACUCGAUGAACAGCAUCCUUCGUGACUGCUUUAUUCGCAUCCACAGCGAAGAUGUCAUCGGACGUCUCGGUGCCGAGUUUGAGGCGAGGUACAAGGGCUCGAUCUAUCUUGCCAAGAUUCGACAGGACUCGAAAUUGGGCAAGAGGCUUCUAAAGUGGCGGAAGGAGGAGCGCAGGUCGGCGAGGGAUGAGCUUGUCCUCGAACACAAGCGUCAACAGCUCCUCAAUUCAUCGGACCCCGCCGAGGUUGAAAAGGGCAAGGCCAUGGUUACGGCAGGGAGCAUUUUCGAAGAGUACUCCGCGGCUGAGUCCGACGCUCUCGUGCCACCCGAGGGUGCCGAGGAAGUCGGCCUCGGAAAGAUAAGCGAUACCGAGGUGGAGGACGUUCUCGCGGAUGGAAACGAGGGAACUGCCGAGAAGAUGGAGGCCCUCGAAGCUUCCGAGGAGUCCGAGGCGGAUGAGGACACGACGUCUGACUGGGUCGACCGCGUUCUGCACAGCAUGAAGAAGCCGCACUUCCAGGCGGUGACGGAGGAAGCUCCUAAGAAGCGAAAGGCGGCGCCCAAGACUAUCCAGGUCUGGCUGCCGCUGACGUUCCCUCCGGUUCCUGAAAAGGGUGACUUUGAUGUGCAGAAGCUCAAGUCGAGCCAGUAUUUCUUCUCGUGA